AUGUCUGGACAGAUUAACAUCUCCGCUCCUGCAAAAACUUACAUCACCGAUAGACACUGUCUACGCAUCCAUCCCCUUCCCCCUCCAAUUGUUGGACAUCUCACUGGACUGACCUGCCCAGAAUGCCCAAUCAACUCCACGAGUCAACUGCGAUACCAUCCCCCUCGCUUUCCAAACCCGGCAAACAUCAACUGGCAGUGUCACGAGCCCGACUCUCACCACAGGAAUGGAAAGGGUUAUAUUAGAACUCUCAAUUUGGAACAUUUGAUCAACAAUAUCCGAGCCGUCAAUGCAGGAGCUCAUCCAUCCUCAGCUCCAGGAAGUCUCUCUGGGCUGCUUAACAUAAGUAAUGAAGCACCUGAUCACAUGAAGGCUAAAUCCACAGGCCGCUUGUGCCCAGGUUAUCUAGGGAAAACCGGGGCCACUCAUCAUUCUUCCAUCAAGUCAAACAUGAAAUGUAGUCACAAGUUGUGUCUUUUGUGCUGUCAAAUGGGCCAACGAGUGCACCAUUUGACAUGUAACUUCAAAGCGCACCUUUAUACACCUUAUUCUUUGGGGAAUUCCUCUGUGACAAGCCCGCCAAUCAGAAGCGUUGGCCCAUCUCCCCAACCUAGUGGUUCGAUUCGAGGGCCUUCCAUGGAGCUACAAUUUCCACAACCAACUGCAUCAAAUUCCAGUUCUCACAAGCAGAUCCAGUCCGCUCAAGCAAAUCGGACAGUUACUGCGACACUAACACCAUCACAGCUGUUUGAAUACCAUCAAAAUCUUCAAGCAGUCGAGCUCUUAGCCAAGAGUCGGGAGUCUGCAAAGAGAAUGGCACUCCACACCAUUUGGAUCAAGCUGUGGACCAAGGUUUUUGAUUGA